CCCGACCUCCUGCUGGCCGAGCCGGCGGAACCCGCGCCCGCGCUGGCGCCUCCGGAGGAGGAGGCCGAGGCCCCGGCCGCCGCCCAGAGCCCCCGCGGGCCUCUCGGCCCGGGCCAGGGCCAGGGCCAGGGCUCGGGCCCGGGUGUGCUGCUCUACCUGUGCCCGGAGGCGCAGUGCGGCCAGACCUUCGCCAAGAAGCACCAGCUGAAGGUGCACCUGCUGACGCACAGCAGCAGCCAGGGCCAGCGGCCCUUCAAGUGCCCCCUGGGCGGCUGCGGCUGGACCUUCACCACCUCCUACAAGCUCAAGAGGCACCUGCAGUCGCACGACAAGCUGCGGCCAUUCGGCUGCCCGGUGGAGGGCUGCGGCAAGAGCUUCACCACCGUGUACAACCUCAAGGCGCACAUGAAGGGGCACGAGCAGGAGAACUCCUUCAAGUGCGAGGUGUGCGAGGAGAGCUUCCCCACGCAGGCCAAGCUCAGCAGCCACCAGCGCAGCCACUUCGAGCCCGAGCGGCCUUACCAGUGCGCCUUCUCCGGCUGCAAGAAGACCUUCAUUACCGUGAGUGCCCUGUUCUCUCACAACCGCGCCCAUUUCAGGGAACAGGAACUCUUCGCCUGCUCCUUCCCCGGCUGCAGCAAGCAGUACGACAAGGCUUGCCGCCUCAAGAUUCACCUGCGGAGCCACACGGGAGAGCGGCCUUUCCUUUGCGACUUUGACGGCUGUGGCUGGAACUUCACCAGCAUGUCCAAACUCCUGCGACACAAGAGGAAGCACGAAGACGACCGCAGGUUCACCUGUCCCGUGGAGGGCUGCGGCAAGUCCUUCACCAGGGCCGAACACCUCAAGGGCCACAGCAUCACCCACCUGGGCACGAAGCCCUUCGUGUGCCCCGUCGAAGGCUGCUGUGCCAGGUUCUCUGCCCGCAGCAGCCUCUACAUCCACUCCAAGAAGCACUUGCAGGACGUGGGCACCUGGAAGAACCGAUGCCCGGUCUCCACCUGCAACAAACUCUUCACGUCCAAGCACAGCAUGAAGACCCACAUGGCCAAGAGGCACAACCUCAGCCAGGACCUCUUGGGCCAGCUCGAAGCCGCCAACUCUCUCACGCCCAGCAGUGAACUGGCCAGCCAGGGGCAGAGCGAUCUCAGCAGCCCCGAGCUGGUGUCUCUCUUCUCGGAUGUGCCCGGCCACAGUUCUGCCGCGGCGCUGGACACGGCCCUGGUCAACUCUGGCAUCUUGACUAUCGACGUGGCCUCUGUCAACUCCACUCUCGCAGGAGGUCUCCCUGCCGAGAACAGUAACCAUUCCUUAGGGCCAGCGGCGGACCCCCGGGCCCUGAGGGCCCCCAGUGACCUUCCCCAGGGACUGGAUACCUCUCUCUUCUUCGGAACCUCGGUGGCCGCUUAUCAGCAGAGCCCCUUAGACAUGGACGAUGUCCCCGGGGGAAGCGUGGGGGGGCUCUUUGGCUCCCUGGCCCUGAAAAACUCAAGCCUGGAGCCCCAGGCUUUGACACCCAGCAAUAAGUUAACCGUGGACACGGAAGCUCUGACUCCCUCCAGCACGCUUUGUGAAAACAGUGUCUUGGAACUGCUGACCCCUGCCAAAGCCGACUGGAACGUGCAUCCCGACUCUGACUUCUUUGCGCACGAGGAAGAGACCCAGUUUGGAUUCUCCAACCCAAUGGGAAGCCACGGUUCUCAGAAAGAAACAGAUCUCAUCACGGUGACUGGCACCCCGUUUUUGGUAUGAACCUACUCUGCCCUGCCUGCCCAGCCCUGCCCUGCCCAGCCCUGCCCUGCCCUGCCCUGCCCUGUCGUGCCCUGCGGUGCGGCUCACUUUUAUCACACUCUGGUCUGAGGACGUUCUGGAAGGAGUGCUUCUGUGCAGUCGUUUCUUGCUGCUUUGCAGAGGAACGCGUCUGUGGACUACAAAUUUAGAGAUUUACAUUCUCAUCCUGGGCCUGGAACUCAUGAGUUCUGUGACCCUCAGCAAAUCUCCCAACUUAGCUGAGCCUUACUUCAUUAUUUAUAAAAGUAUCAUUUUGUGUACAUUGUUUCUAUUUCCUUUUCUUUGUAUUUCUUUGAUGUAAUUUUUAGGGUGUUUUUUAGUGGUUACCUUUGAUUCUAAUGUGAUGAAAAGGGCUAUGAUCCCUUUGAACAUUAAAUGGUCAGUGCUAGGUGAACUGGUGUUUUUAAGUUUUAAUAUAAAUAAUACCUCAUUUUCACAACAUCCAUAAUAGCCGUAGAAUGUAAAAAUACAGAGUAUUAUUUGGUUCUUUGUCAGUUUUCUUGUGUUGCCUAGAAAUUGGAAGUUUUAUUUUCUUUUUUGAAAAAUGUCAGGGUUUUGCUAUAUUAUAAGCAUAGCUUAAAACAUCGCCUAGUUACCAUUGAAAAAGUGGCCUUAUAUUAGUGAUUUCGUCUUGCUGAGCCUUACUUUCCGAGCUUUAUAGUCGUGAAAAUGCACAUUGUUCUCAUGGAUUUGAAUCAGUUUUAUGCUUGGGAUUGUUACUGGGGGGGGGCGGAUCUCAUGUUUUCACUUUUGUCAGUCUUCAGUUUUCUUCUCCCCCUAUUUCACCUCUUAAAGUCUUAGACAACAAAAGUUAACAAAAAGUUAACAAAUGUUUAUGUCAUAGUUUUGCAACCAGUAAAAGUUUAUGAGCAUUAAGCAAACAUGGGAAUUUGUUCCUUCCACAGAUGGUGGAGGACUUUCUCUACAGUGUUCUUAGUUAACAUUGGUCACAGUUCCAUUUGUCCAGUUCUAGUGUCUGCUCUGAAUCAAUGCCAGCUCUCAGCCUGGUUCUACUAGUCUAAUAAAAUUGGAGAAUGGACCAGAAGGAGAUGUUCAUUUCUCUAUCCGGGGCCCUCAUUCCUAGCCCUCUCUGGAAUGGCAAGCUUGCUGUGCAUUCUGAAAUACUGUCAAUUUUAACACGACUGUAGCAUUCUAUAAUUUAUAUAGGAAUUUAAUAUCUAAUAUAUUGAUUGUUAUAAUCGUGAUGAGAAAGCGUGACCUUCAACUGAUAGUAAACCUUUCCUGGCCUAUGACAGAUGGAGUUCACUUAGUAACUAUUAUUUGUGUUUCAAAUAAGAGGACAUAUUUCUACCUCUCCCAUUCUGCUCUCUUGAGUUCCAUUGUCAUUUUGUUUAGGAGCAAUUCUUUUAUUCCUCCUAAGUAAAUACUUCUACCCUUAUGCUGUUCUGCUUCACUCCUUACUGUCAUCCUUGCUAUAUGCACCAGUGUGUGCCAUGCUCCUACCUUUUUCUCUAAUUCGACACUUACUUUGGUCACCUUUUUCUUACAUGAUCUAAUUUUCAUCACAAUAAUUUCUGCAGCCAGUGUGUGCACUGAGAAGGUAUUUCUGAAUCCAGAUUGCAAGUGUGUCUACAGGAGUCAGGUGAUAAUGGGUUUCUUUCUUUCUGGAAAGUCUAAUGACAAGGACCUCUCUAAAUUUGUUCACCGUGUUUUCUACUAGCAAAUAGCCAUUGUGAAAUACUCCAAUUCAAUACUGUUUCAUGAGACCACUUGAGGAAAACAGUUUUACAGUACCUUGGUAAUAUAUAAUUUGCCACUUUGAAAUGCAUUAUGUAUUUUCUUUAUAAUUUUUAAAUUGGUUGAACCAUUUGAGUGAAAAGGUAAAAAGUAUACAUUGCUUUGUAAUUUAAAGAAGUAUUCAGAAUUUUAGUGUGCCCAAGCAUCAAGAAUAUUAUUCCCUUAGCACUUUGAAAAGACUGUAAAGACUAUUUUAGAAAUGCAUUUUCAUGACUUAAAACAAACAUUUCUCAUCUUAUUUGGAAGGACUGCAAAGGCCUGAGGUAAACACACACUUCAUAAGCAUUUAAGAUAUAUAACCAUAAAGAUAUUUUAAAGUGUCAUUUAAAUUCUUUUACAUUUCUUCACUUAAAGACUAUAAUAUUCUUACCUAUGGUCUGUAGAAUUUCCAAAGGAUAAAUUUUAAUUUCUCGAUGAUAAGAAUCAUGUUAUUAUUAUGCUUUCUCAGCCUGAUGGUGGAAUGACUGGAAUUGCAGUCAGAAAUGUGACUGCAAACAUAAUGGCUGUACUUCUGUUCUUAACAUAAAUUUGACAUUUUAAAAAUGAUGAGUCAUGAGUUAAUCUCCUUUGCCUUUUGUGUUUUUUAUCCUUUCUUGAUUAAUUAAAACUUGCCAAUUAAUUGUGUUAAUAACCAUGUCUUAUAGGAAGGUUGUUUUCAAAGGGUCCUGUUGAAUGAUUUGAUCAUAUAAAAUAUGUUAAGCUUGAUAUGUUGCCAUGUAUUUCAUUAUAAUAUUAAAUAAUUCAAAGUCUUGAGUAGUAGAAAUAAAAUUUGAUAGAUUGUCAGGUCAUCUUUCAGAAAAUGCUUCAUAAUUUCAUCUAGAAAAGAAAAGGACUUAGUAUAACAGUAUAUUUAGAAUAUUAUCUCUCUGGAGCAAUUCAUAAUCCUUUAGUAUUAAACAUAUACACAUGAGUAUAUAAUAAUGCAAAAACAUAACAUAUGUACCUCACUCAAAAUAUGCCAUAAUUGAAAUGUAAAACUGGAUUAAAUUGUAUAUGUAUAUUGCUUUUGAAAAGUACAGGAUUUUUUCCUUCCACUUUUGUUUUUCGA